AUGUCUACGAUGGUCGGUCAUUUGUCUUUUGAGAACGCAAGAGUUUUGGUGUUUGGUGGGACUGGAGCCCAAGGGCGAUCGAUCAUUCAAGCAUUGGCACGAACCAAGCGAUAUCGUUUAUCUGUUCUCACUAGGGACAAGAACUCAACCAAAGCUGCGGCCCUAGCAUCUUCUUUUCCGGACAUCGAAUUCGUUGAAGGCUCGUACACAACAGAGGAGGGCCUACGCAACGCUUUUGCCAAUCAAGAUGUCGUAUAUUUUUGCAUUGAUAGUUUCAACGUUGGUGAACCAUUUGAGUACUUUUGGACGUUUCGUGCCUACGAGAUUGCUGUCCAAAGUAAGCUGAAAUGGUUCAUUUUCGCUGGUUCUGGAGAUAGAUACGGCAGUUUGGGCAUGAAUGAAAAAUACAGGAACAGUCACAACAUCGUGUCUAGCAGGCUAACUGGCUGGUUAAUGAAUCAACCUCUUGCUCGGCUUCCUUGGACUAUCCUAACAGGCGGCGUGUAUGCCGAAAUGCUUGGAACUCUUUUAAGACCGACCGAAGAGGGAGAUGAACUGUUCUUUCACAAUCCUAUGGAUCAGGAUAGCGUUAUGCCGCUUAUACCGCUCGAGAUGUAUGGUUACCGUUUUGAGUGGGCUUUAUCGCACCCAGAAGAGAGUAUUGGAAAAUUGUUGUCUGCAGGACCCUUUUUUGUUACUUUUCCAGAGGUUGCUGCAGCACUUCAGCAAGUCACAGGCAAAAAGGUUCAAUUUAGGAGCAUCACCACAUCCCAAUGGAUGGAGGCUAUAUCUGCGCAUAUAGAUCCAGAUAGGAGAUUGCCUGGAGGAGCGGAUCCCACCGACCCCACCUCGUUUACAUUUCGUAAAUCGUUCGGUGCAUGGUGGAAUAUUUGGAAAGAUCAGAAAGAAAAGAAGUCAGAGGAUAUGGCUUGGGCAGAUGAAGUUUAUCCUACACGACCAAGGGGCCUGAAAGAGUGGAUGGAAGCAGUGGAGUAUAAUGGGAAGCAAAUUGUUCCCCUAUAUGAGGAGUUUUGA